CCGAUUCAUUGCUGUGUUGAGGAUCUCCUUGCUGUUGAUGCUGUGUUGCCUCUGGGCUGUGUCAUCGACACCUACGAUGGCGACAGUGGAAUCGAUUGUGUCAGAAAGGACGGCAUCAGCAGAGACGACCUUCACUGUCCUAGAGGAGACGACCGCCACUGUCCUAGAGGAGACGACCGCCACUGUCCUAGAGGAGACGACCGCCACUGUCCUAGAGGAGACGACAUCCUCAGAACCCUCGACAUCAUUUACCCAAAUGGGGUCCACAGACGCCCAGACGACCACGUCACCACACGAGACAUCAUUCUCAUCACUGUCAUCAAUAUUCUCGAUAACAGAAUCACCGUCAACAGCAGUCCCAAGUCAGGCAACGUGUCCUGAGUCUGACCAGAUCCACUGCGGGACGACCGACCGAUGCACCAGGAUCAGGUACAUCUGUGAUGGCGACAAUGACUGUGGCGACAACAGCGACGAGGCCAGCUCUCUGUGUGCGGCUUGGAGGAACAGUAACUGUGAACGUAACAGUGCCAGCUGUACGAGGAACGGCCGCACUGACUGUGUCACCAUCAGUCACUACUGUACCCUCAGCAACCCGCCUUGUGAGGGCACCGUGAACCCCCUCCUCUGUCAGAUGCUGAGUGACGGGAAGAUCCAGCCCCUACACACCAUCCAGCUCGUCACCACCACCCUGGAGCCUACAGAGCCGACAACUACAGAGCCGUCCAUACACGUGAGGAACGAGAAUUGGUCUGACGAGUUCUUGCUCAAACUUAACAACACCAUCCGUCACCCAGACUGCCCCUGGUUGUACACCAAAGUCGGCAACCAAUGUUUAUCUAUUUUCUUUAUCGGUUCCAUGACUUGGAUGGAGGCCAGGACCUUCUGCCAGACCAUUGGGGGAGAACUGUUGUCUAUCAACAGUAACCUUAACAGCUUCUCCACAGUUCUGCAGCAUCUUAGUCAACAUCAGGUGGCCGCGGACUUCUGGAUAGGUGGACGCUACGUUAACGAGACUAUGGGCUGGACCUGGAUCGACACCUCCGCCAUGCCUCUUGGGUCUCCCUACUGGGCUGUCAGACACCAGGAGACAUGCACCCAGCGCACCAUUACCCACAGCAUUCUCAACUCCACUACAAAGGCCAACGACGGGAAGUGUUACAACUACAUGCAGGCCCCCACCACGCCUCCAGUGGGUCACUGUGCUUCCCUUUCCUACGAACACUACCACUACAUAACUGACGAGAACUGUUUCUCCAAGAGGAGCCCCCUGUGUCUCCUACCCGGGGAACAUCCUAAGCAAGCUUUGUAGAGCCUCAUACACCUGUCUUGGGCCAUCUUAAGCAGGUUUUGUGGGACAUAUGUUCCUACCCGAUUACCACUCCAAAAAUUGAAAGCCACCUAUAGUUCUGCUGGUUCUUCCCUGUUGUUUUGAUUAUUUUAAGGCCUCUAAAUCAGUGCUUUGGUAGGUAAAGAAGGAAAGUCUCGAUUUAGAGUCAGCUGGUAAAGGAGCCACUCUGAGAUCAUGUGGUGCAGGACGGAGUGGAAGACUUUAAGAAGCGAGUGGAAAGGUGGUGGUCCUGCAGACAUAAGCAUAAUGUUGCUCUUUUGUUCAUUUGUCUUUAGUGUGAUGUUUCCUUAUUUAACUUGGCCAGUGUUUAUUUCAUGCUGAACAAUGGUACCACCAUUGUUUACUUUAGAGCUGUCUGUUUAUGCUGAACAUGAAUGCCAACGUUGUUUAUUUAUUGCUGAACAGGAGUACCAACAUUGGUAAUCUUCAUUCCAACAGGUGUACCAACAUUGCUUAUCUUGACCAUAGGCAAAAGUAGCGAUAGUUUACGAUAGUCUGAUCUUUCUUACUGUUAUUGUAAAACUGAGUAUCAACCAGUUCAUGACGUGUUCACUCAGGACUAGGGAGUGUUUAAGGUUAGAUAAAGUCAAGUACCAGCAUCUUUUAUUUUGGGCUCAACAGGAAAAACAAUAAUAUUAAAGAUUUUAGCAGGGGUACCAACACGAAUUAUUAAGGCUUAGCAGGGGUACCAACACAAAUUAUUAAGGCUUAGCAGGGGUACCAACACGAAUUAUUAAUGCUUAGCAGGGGUACCAACACGAAUUAUUAAGGCUUAGCAGGGGUACCAACACGAAUUAUUAAGGCUUAGCAGGGGUACCAACACAAAUUAUUAAGGUUUAGCAGGGUACCAACACAAAUUAUUAAGGUUUAGCUGGGGUACCAACACGAAUUAUUAAGGUUUAGCAGUGGUGCCAAUACGAAUUAUAAGGUUUAGCAGUGGUACCAACAUUAGUUAUAAGGUUUAACAGGGGUGCCAACACGAAUUAUUAAGGUUUAGCAGUGGAACCAACAAGAAUUAUUAAAUUUUAGCAGGGGUACCAACACGAAUGUUUAAAGUUUAGUAGUGUUGCCAACAUUAAUAAUUAAGAUUUAACAGGGGUGCCAACAUUAAUUAAAAUUCAGAGUAGCAACACUGAUAAUCGAAGGUUUAGUAACUCACAGGUGUAACAACAUUGGUAAUUUAAUCAUAGUUUUAACAGGAGUACCAACAUUGUCAUUAUCUGAACAGUAUUACCAAUAAAAUCAUCAUUCACCCCAACUCCUAAAAACUCCAUAUUUUUAUAUUUAGUUUUUUUUGUUAAUUCUGUUAUUUUUUUAUGUAAAAAGAAAUUCACUGCUGUUGUUUCAUCUUACUGUAAAAAAUAAGUUGCCAAUUAAUAAAAUAAGGGAAUUUUUUCUUCU